AUGGCAUACAGAAUCUCUGAGAGACUUCAAGAAAAAAUUAGACAUUUUACACGUUUCCCCCAAACUGGCGUAUCUUUGAAGCAGAUGGUCAUGUUUGGACAAAAUCCCUCUCAAGGAACAUUAUUAAGAGCAGCCCAAUUUUUGGCAGAUGAACUUCCAAUUCGACUCGCGCAUAGAGUUAAAGAAUUAGAUGAAUUACCAAAUGAUUUAAGCCAGAUGCCAUCAAUAAUUAAAGAACUUGUGUCAUUUCCUAAACUUGAAUUACCAUCAAGUAUAAAAGAAAAGUUAACGGGUAAUGGUAAUGUUUCAGAAAUUACAGAAAUUACACGAUUACCAGAAAACGCGCCUAAUUUAUUUAAACCAUCACCUAUUGGAACUAUAAAAACAGCGGGAAUUUUGGAAUAUAAAAAACAUAAAAAUUCAGAUGGGAUAAAUACCAACAUUCAAGCGUUUUUGGAUCGUUUUUAUAUGUCACGUAUCGGGAUUCGGAUGUUAAUUGGUCAACAUGUUGCAUUGAAUCGACUUCCCGCCCGACCAGAUUAUGUUGGUAUUAUUUGUACUAAAACAAAUAUUGCUCAAACAGUUCAAGAAGCGGUUGACAAUGCUAAAUACAUAUGUGAAGAUUAUUAUGGUCUCUUUCGUUCACCCGAGGUUCAAUUAUUUUGUCCCAAAGAUUUAAUAUUUACAUAUGUGCCUUCACAUUUGAGUCAUAUGUUGUUUGAAUUAUUCAAAAAUAGUUUACGUGCAGUUGUAGAACUUUUUGGUGACGAAGCUGAUUCAUAUCCACCAAUAAAAGUAAUUGUUGCUGAAGGAAAAGAGGAUAUUACAAUUAAAAUAUCAGAUGAGGGGGGAGGAAUUCCAAGAAGUAGUAUUGCUUUAGUGUGGACAUAUAUGUUUACAACAGCUGAACCCAAAACAAUAGAUCCGGAGACUAGUCCAUCAGAUUUCAAGGCACCAAUGGCAGGUCUUGGUUAUGGAUUACCCAUUAGUAGAUUAAUAUGGAACAGAUGUAUAUCUCCAUUUAAAUAG